CCACCAUUUCACCACUGUCUAACCAUAUCACCUCACAAGGGAGGAACAUUCCGGCCAUUCACCUAUAAGCCUCCGUCCUCGUCGCAUCCAGUUCAGCCAUCUUCGAUCCACCACCAUACCCGAUAUCCGGUCCUGCGAGUUUAUUCAAACAAGCCACCUCCUCCUCAUAGAGGACAGCCCAACGCCGUUACCAGGUCACUGCUUCCGCUGAUACCUAGCCUGACACUAUAAUCUCUGCUGGAGAUGACAGGCGCUAAUACUUCGGCAGCAUCAUCGGGAGCCAGCAAUCAAUGGGCAUCACUGAGCUUCGUGGAGGUCUUGGAGGACCUCAGCUCCAGAUUUAUCGUCAAUCUGCCCAGCGAGGAGUUGCAGAGGAUAGAGAGGAUAUGUUUUCAAGUCGAGCAGGCACACUGGUUCUACGAAGACUUCCUACGCCCUCUCAAUCCCAAGCUUCCCUCUCUCAAUCUGCGCAAAUUCUCCAUCUACAUUCUGCAGACGGCAUCGCUCUCUGUACCUCUCAUCCGACAGUACGUAUCCAGUAACAAUGAUGCCAACAGUAGCGGGACAAUCCAAGACUUGUCAGCCCUAGGAGGACAGACCUACGGAUUGGAGGCCGCAUUUGAUGAGUUUAUGAAGUACAAGACCAGAGUGCCCGUCUGCGGCGCGGUCUUGCUCUCGGAAGACUUCAAGAGCUGCGUGUUGGUAAAAGGAUGGAGGUCGAGUGCGGCCUGGGGCUUUCCCAAAGGCAAGAUCAACCAAUCUGAGUCGCACAGGGAUUGCGCAGUGCGGGAGACACUGGAGGAGACAGGCUUCGAUUGCUCUGAGCUCUUGGCUCCAGAAUCCCCCCACUGGAUGGAGCUCAAUGUCAGGGAACAAAAGAUGAGGCUGUACAUCGUGCCAGGGGUACGGAAAGAUACCGUCUUUGAGACGCAAACGAGGAAAGAGAUCAGCAAAAUCUCUUGGUUCAAGCUCUCGGAUCUGCCUACAUGGAAGCAGUCUCAGGCGGGAGGUGGGGGCGGUCUGGCAAGCGCUAAUGCUGGCGCGAAGUUCUACCUGGUCACACCCUUCAUCGGCAAAUUGAAGCAAUGGAUCCGUGACAACAAGAAAAGAGUCCAAAUUGAACAAGGCGGUAUCCCAGGCGCAGACUUGGAGCAGUCAUCGGCCAUGGCAUCCACUGAAUCCACCGCUAUGCGAGUCGCUCCAGCACAGCCUCUAGCUGAGCAAGCUACAACAGCACCUUCCUCCCUUUCCCAGUCAAAUGGCGACUCUGCGACGUUGCUAGCCCUGCUCCAAGGCUCGAAUGCUCGGCCCGCGCCGCCACCUGCUCAGUCCUUGGGCACCUUCAAUCCUCACGCUCAUCAAUCGGUGGUCCCUCCAGUGCUAGCCUCCGGCCCAGCUGCAUCUGCUGCCUCAUCUCGAACAACUCACUACCCACAGCCGUCGGAUCCUGAGCAAAUUCUCGCACAACAGUUGCAGAACCAACAUCUCUCUGCUCCCAGUAGCCAGUCUCCCCUUCCAGCACCAAGAGCGGCAAAGAGCAGUGGCGGGACACUCAAACUGUUGGAAAUGCUGAGUCCCAAUGCCCCUGCUGCACAGCCGGCCGCGCUGGCGAGUGAGAAUCCAGCUCCUGGGCAGGAUUUGGGAGAAGAACACGAGAGGGCAAGGAAGAGGGAGGCGCUGCUGUUACAAUUGAUGGGAGGCGAUAUUGAGCCUUCUUCCCAACAGGGCGCCAAAGCGAGUGGGACGCAUCAGCACAACUCUCCUGAUGGAUUCGGUCAAUUCGCUGAGCGACCGAAUACAGCGAUCCCGAAGACAGCAAAGGAGGCUUCGCUUCUAGCGAUGCUGCAAAAUGGAGACGGCUUUCUUGAACAGGCGCCUCAGCAGUGGCAGCAGCAGCAACAUGAAGCUACCCACGUUGUUGGUCCCCCGGCUCCACCUCUCAAUGUCAUGCAUGACCAACGCGAUCAACAUCAAGCUACUGGAACCUAUCCGCAAGGGGGAGCCAAUGGUCCCUACUUGUCCCCUCCACCUCCACCUCAUGCCGUCGCGGGAAUUCACUCGCCAGAUGUGGGUCGGGCAUCACUACUUGCCAUGCUGAACGCGGGACCGGUCACAUCAAGUAGGGGAGCGCCCCAGAACCUUCAACAGCAAGCUCACAUGUACCCACAGCCAGUGCCGUAUCCUCACCACCUGCCUAGCAUGCCCCUUUCAGGUCCUCCACCUCCGCACAUUCAACACUCUGGCUUUCCGCCUUGGCAGCAAUACCCGCAACAUCCUCAUGGCCCCCAAUCUGCUCAGCCUGGCUUUCCGCCGGGUCCGAUGCCGCCGAUGGCUCACAUGCCGCCGAUGGCGGGACCUCCCUUUUCCUCCCAACAUCAUUCUCAAGGUCAAUUCCACCAGCAGCCGCACAAUGAUGGCCGAGGUCUUGGCUUGCCAGAAGUACAGAACGGAGGGGGAGGACAAUUUGGGCCUCCCUUGCCCUUUUCGCCUCCGAUGCAGCAGAAUGUGGGUGUACCUAAUGGUCCUGCAGGCGGUCCUGCACCGCCAAAGCAGAACGGCAAUACAGGUGGGCUUCUAGCUUUGCUGAAUGGGCCCUAAUUUGAUUACAGGUGCGGUGCAUUGAUCGGAAGUGUGUAAGCGAGGAGCUCUCAAUUGUCGCUCUUGCCAAAGCUGUUUCCGCCCUCUUGUUGCAGUAUGCUUGUACCACCAGACUGUACGAUUGUAG